AUGGUGUUCCGCUGGUUUAGCUCCCUCUACUGCAAACUCUUUCCCCAUUCCGACACAAUGACCAUCUUCGAGAAGCUCAAAGAUCAACUAUCAUCCCACAAUCAGGAGCAUUUAGUUCAAUUUUGGGAUGAACUCACUGACGAGGAACGGAGGCAACUGCAGGAGGAUAUUAGUGAAUUUGACCUGAAAGAAGUGCAGGAGAUCUUUCGGAAGGCCAUUGCAGGGCUAAAGGAGGCAAAUGAGAAGCUCGAUGACCGUCUUCAGCCCAUCCCGGAGAAUAUGUACAUGUCAGUGAAGCGCACUAACCCCAUACUGCUGAAGGAAUAUGAGAAUGAGGGAUUCAGGCAGGUGGCACAGAGUCAUGUGGGUGUUCUCCUGAUGGCCGGUGGUCAGGGUACACGAUUGGGAUUCCCUCAUCCAAAGGGAAUGUAUGACGUGGGUCUACCAUCGUGUAAGACUCUAUUUCAAAUUCAAGCGGAACGCAUCCGCAAACUUGAACGACUGGCUCACGAUGCAACUGGGCAGGAGGGGCACAUUAUCUGGUACAUAAUGACCAGCGAGCAUACAAUGGAGCCCACGAGGAAGUUCUUCGAGAAGCACGACUUCUUUGGGCUACGUGAGGAGGAUAUUGUGAUGUUCGAACAAGGAAGUCUGCCGUGCUUUGACUUCGACGGGCGCAUUAUUCUCGAUGAGCGUCACUGCCUGGCAAAAGCCCCCGAUGGCAAUGGUGGUAUCUACAGGGCCCUGAGUGAACGUGGCAUUCUCCGGGAUAUGCAGAGUCGUGGGGUACUCUACCUACAUGCCCACAGUGUGGACAACAUUCUCAUUCGUGUCGCCGAUCCCAUUUUUGUCGGUUACUGUGUCCAACAGCGGGCUGAAUGUGCAGCCAAGGUGGUCGAGAAGUCCCAACCGAACGAACCUGUUGGUGUUGUGUGUAUCGUUGAUGGAAAAUACCAAGUGGUGGAGUACAGCGAGAUCACGUCCAAAUCAGCAGAAAUGCGGAAACCUGAUGGACGAUUGACCUUCAGUGCUGGUAACAUAUGCAAUCACUUUUUCACCACGGCAUUCCUUCAGCGUGUGGCAACGGAGCAUGAGAAAAAGUUGAAAUUGCAUGUGGCAGAGAAGAAAAUCCCCUAUGUGGAUGCAGAUGGGGUCCGGAGGGUGCCCGAGAAGCCCAAUGGGAUAAAAGUUGAGAAAUUUGUCUUCGAUGUAUUCCAAUUUGCUGAGAAAUUUGUUGUGGUGGAAGUGGAGCGCAACGAAGAAUUCAGUGCACUGAAGAAUUCCGAUGUAGCCAAGAAAGACUGCCCAUCGACAGCAAGGCAAGAUAUCUUCCGCCUUCAUCGACAAUUUAUUGAGACAGCUGGUGGAUCUGUUGACGGAGACAUCUGCGAGGUGUCACCACUUCUUUCAUACGCUGGCGAGGGGCUCAAUCAGUUUGUCCAAGGGAAGACUUUCCGGAGUCCUGUGCACCUCCAGAGCUCCAUGGAGACACUCAAUGGGCAUCUGUAGGCCAUCGAUGGAUGACAACAAUGGAUGUGAGUGGGUGAGCGUGUGCUUCACAUAUGGAAUGACUCUCUCCCCACCCCUGAGAUUUCCUUUGGACCAAGCACUUUCUAAUAAUCGCCGCAGUUUAAUGUUUUAUUUUUUUUUAAGUACAUAAGCAAAAUGUCGAUAGAUUUGAUUUUUUAUUCACAUAUUUUUAGGAGUUUGAAGAUGAUUAUGAAAAAGAAAAAAUAUGCCACAUCACACGGAGAUGCUAAGAAAAGACCUCGCACAAAGCAAAAGGUCACAAGAAAAGAGCGGGCAAAUCGUUAAGAAAUUUUUGAUUUCAUUUGCAUAAAUCGCCAUUUCGGAAUAGGUUGUUGAUUGAGGAGAGACUUAUAUUCAUUCAGUAUAGUACGUACGAAAGAGAAUAAGAGGUGUUGGGAACAAUACAGUACAGUGUGUUGGUUUAUAGAGUCUAAUUUUUCUUUUUUACAAAUAAUGUAAUUUUACUUUCAAUUUCAAUCCAAAUUGUACGCGCUCUUCUCCGACACUUUUUUCCCCUCUAAACUAAGAGAAAAAAGAAGAUUCAAAUUGUGAAUUAUAUAUACACAUUUUUUAUGAUUAUGCAAUCUUUUAUUUUUUUUGUCUCUUUGUUAAAUGUUAAAUUUGCCCCAAGGCUUGUAUAUGUAUUACAUUUAGCUGUGUUUUUUUUAUGUUAUUCUCUACAAGUGUAAAAUAUUCACGCUGAUUAUUGACUUACUUUCAACAAAGUGUAAAAAAUAAGUAUUUAGAUUAAAAUUUAUUAUUGUUACUUUUUUGGGUGUAAUAAUAUGUAUAAAUAAUACGUUCAAAAAGCCUCUUUCUCAAAAAAAUGAAAAAAAAUAGAAAAGAAAAGAUAAAAGAAACAGCGCUACAAUAACUCUUUUCACCCAAAAAAAAAAAAAGACUUUCAAUAAAAAUUUGUACAUAUUCUGCCCAAUUGAGAUGAGGAAAUAAUAAUUGUAUUUAAAUUACCAAUAAUAAUGUUAAUAAAGCAAAUAAUUUUUAUAGAGCAACAAUAAAUUAAAAUUGUACAGUAGACCUAUAUA